ACAAAGAUUCAAACGGCAAUUGCCCAAGCUAAGCAGAGUGGAAAAUUGAUAAUCUCAAAUCGCGGUUUGGAGAGGAUUCCCGAAGAAGUCUUGACAAUGUACCAUGUUGAUCCCAACAAGAUUGUUGUUGAUUUUACUUCUUCGGCCGACGCGUGGUAUGAUUCGGUAGAGCUUACAAAGUUUAUGGCUUCUGAUAAUCAACUGGUGGUACUGGAUGAACGUGUGGGAGAGGAGUUUGGUGCUCUGACUCUAUUGGAUCUGCGCAACAAUCAACUUCAAGAUCUGCCUCACAGUCUUACUCGAUUAAAAAACCUGACUCAUGUUCAAAUGCCUCACAACCACCUAGAAUACAUGCCAAAUGUAUUAUUGGAGAUGCCUCAACUGCGUGAACUAGACAUGUCCCACAACCGACUAACCGAACUUCCUCCAAUGGUCAAUUUGGGGCGAUUGGAGAUAUUGCUGCUUGGUAACAAUAAGCUUGAGUCUCUUCCUGAAUCGAUUGGUCAACUCUCACACUUGCGCAAGUUGCAUGUUAAUGAUAACCAAAUUACCGAACUCCCAGCUAUGGAAGCAUGGCAGCGAUUGGAAGAGUUGCUUGUUUUCCAAAAUCGAUUGACAAUAUUAUUCUCUGAUUAUCCACUGCCUAGCCUGACACGAGUUGAUGCUCGUCACAAUCAGCUCAAAGAACUUUCAGAGUCAAGUCUUGAACUUCCCAAACUCCUGGAGAUAUUCUUGUCCCACAACACACUAGGCAAUGCUGAUUUACGAAUGUUGACUUGUGCACCUCAAUUACAAACCCUUGAUCUGUCUUGGAACGAUCUUGACGAUUUACCCCCAGCCGUAUUUGAGGUUCAGAGUCUUAGACGUCUAGAUUUAGGAUCCAAUCGGUUUAUGAGCCUACCAUCAAGGAUCGGUAGUCUCAGAAAUCUCCAGGUUCUUACUUGGGAAGGAAAUCCUAUGCGUUCUAUUCCAAAAGGAACCUCCGCUACUGAGCUUAUUGAGAUCCUCCGCAGCCAACUUGCGGCAGAAAAUGGAGAUCUCGGCAAAGAUGACAACGAGGACGAGGGUGUGGAAGGUGAUUAUGAAACAAAUCACGCGAGUGCCAAAACUCUGGACCUAGCCAACCAAAAUUUGGAUGAUUUCCCACAAUCUUUUGUGAGUCAAAUAGAUUUUGAGCCAGUGAAUAUUCAGCUUCAUCACAACCUUCUCUCUAGUUUCCCAUUGAACCUUUCUUCAUUUGCCACUACCCUUGUCAACCUUCAUCUACAGUAUAAUGAGUUUUCAGAUUUUUCACUUUGUCUGCCUGAUCAAAUUGUCCUACCUAGCCUAAAGACCUUAAACCUCGCCAAUAAUUCGAUCGCUAAUCUGGUUACUGGAAAUCAAGUUUCUUUUCCAAACCUAGAGGAACUCAAUCUCAAUAACAACUGUCUCGCCAGUCUUCCGGAAACAUUACCAUCAGCUGUACCACAAUUAAAAAUAUUGCUGCUAAAUGGAAAUAGACUUGACCAGAUCUCUGCAAAAAGCUUUGGUCGACUGACUGUCUUGGAUUUGGGAAAUAAUAAUAUCGGACUACUCCCUCCAGAGAUUGGACUUAUUGAUACCAUUACCGAACUGACAGUUUAUGGAAACAGAUUUCGGGUUCCCCGUCAGGCCGUGCUCGAAAAAGGCACUAAAGCAGUGAUGGAAUAUCUCCGACAACGCGUU